CAAAUCCUAUUUUGUUGUACCAUUGCGUGCAGGUUAUUUAUUCUAAUGAUACACACACACACACACAUGUUUUAUACAACGGUGGUUGAAAAUUUUGGGGGUUGGGGGUGACCUUGGAUUUUGGAUUUGUUCAUUUGGAGCCCUUGAGGAUUAAAUAACUUUCACAUACAUACAAAUACUAGUGUUUUGGAUAUUAACUAUGAACCACUACUUUAGGAGUUUGCUAUUUUUCAUAUUUAUGAUUGGUUAUCAAUUCUUUGUAUUUGUUCUACACUGAAGCCUUAUCUUCGAGAUUAUAUUUGUUCGACAUUAUUAUCCCGUGCACAGAGAAGAUGGCCAAAGAAUUACGAGAGGAAAGGAAGCCAUUGAUAAUAGCAAUGAAAGGUCAUCCUGGCACUGGGAAAUCCACUUUAGCCCACGCCUUAGCCUCAACCCUCCAUAUCCCUCUCAUCGACAAAGACGACAUCCGCGACUCCACUUUUCAUCUCCAGCAACAAUCUUCUUCCCUCCUCAACGACCUCUCCUAUGAAGCUAUCUGGCGAGUUGCCUCCACCCAGCUCCGCCUCGGCCUCAGCCUCAUCGUCGACUCUCCUCUCUCUCGUAGAACCCAUCUCGACCGUUUGUUGAGCUUGGCAGCCUCGGCUGGAGCCCGCCUCGUGAUAUUGGAGUGUAAGCCGUUGGACGAGGCCAAGUGGCGGGAGAGGCUGGAAGGGAGGGACAAGAAUUGGCACAAGCCACCCAGUUGGGAGGAGCUUGAGAAGUUGGUGCAAGGGUAUAGCGGAUGCACGGAGUAUGAUGUUGGGGAUGUGCCCAAGAUGGUGUUUGACACGACGGCGCCCAAUGUUGUGGUGGAGGAGUUGGUUCAAAGUGCCGUGGACUUCAUUGCUUCUUGUUGUGGCAGCUUCCCAACAUGUAUCCCACGUAGUUCUUAAAACUAGUAAUUACCUUUUUUUUUUUGUUUUGUACACAAGAGCAUGGAAAAGGCCAAAUAUUUAGACUGUGAUAUUACCAAGAAAA